CUCCCCGUCAGAAAACGAAAAACAAAAAACAAAAAACAAAAAACAAAAAACAAAAAACAUCAACACUCUCUCAGUCUCUUUCCUCUUCUUCAACUUCUUCCCCUCCAAUUCAUUCAAUCCAAAAAACCUCAUUCUUCUUCCUCCAUGGAUCUACUUCAAAAUUAUACAAACGGCGGCGAUGACGAAAACGACCACGACAACGACGACGAAGUCUCAGUUAUAUCUCUCCCCUCAAAAUCAGCUGCACCGAAAGUGGACAGCACGGCACUUUCUCUCCUCUCCACCUCCACCGCCGCCUCCGCCGCCGCCAGACCUCUAGACCCGACCCAACAUAUGGUGUCGUACAAUCCCACCUACGACCAACUCUGGGCCCCAAUCCACGGCCCUGCUCACCCCUACGCUAAAGAUGGUCUUGCUCAGGGUCUGCGAAACCAUAAAUUAGGGUUUGUUGAAAACGCUGCCAUUGACUCCUUUGUGUUCGACGAACAGUACAACACUUUUCACACAUAUGGUUACGCGGCUGACCCUUCUGCUUCUGCUGUUAACAAUUAUGUUGGUGAUUUCAACGCUUUGGAGAAGAAUCGGGCGACUUCUGUGUAUAAUAUCCCUCAGAGCGAACAGAAGCGGCGCCGCCUCGAGAAAAAGAGGGAGAACGGGGAGGAGGAUGAGGUUGCUGAUAAGGAGGAGGUGGAAAAUCCGGCUUCUGAUUCGUGGUUGGUGAAGAACAAGAUCAGUCCUUGGGCCGGGAAGAAGGAGGGUUUGCCCACGGAGUUGACUGAGGAGCAGAAGAAGUAUGCAGACGAGUAUGCUAAGAAAAAGGCGGACGAAAAGGGCGAGAAAGUUGAGAAAGGUGAGGUUGUUGUUGAUAAGACUACUUUCCAUGGAAAGGAGGAGAAGGAUUACCAGGGUAGGCCUUGGAUCUCGCCUCCCAAAGACGUUAAAGCCACCAAUGAUCAUUGUUAUAUUCCAAAACGAUGUGUGCAUACUUGGAGUGGACAUACCAAAGGGGUUUCUGCUAUUAGAUUUUUCCCAAAGUAUGGGCAUUUGAUUUUGUCAGCUGGAAUGGAUACUAAAGUUAAGAUUUGGGAUGUUUUUGGUUCUGGGAAGUGUAUGAGGACUUAUAUGGGGCAUAACAAAGCGGUUCGGGAUAUUUGCUUUUCGAAUGAUGGAACCAAGUUCUUGAGUGCUGGGUAUGAUAAGAAUAUCAAGUAUUGGGAUACUGAGACUGGCCAGGUAAUCUCUACUUUCUCUACUGGCAAAGUUCCUUAUGUUGUUAAGCUUAAUCCUGAUGAUGAUAAACAGAAUGUACUUUUAGCUGGUAUGAGUGAUAAGAAAAUUGUGCAAUGGGAUAUGAAUACUGGUGAGAUUACACAGGAGUAUGAUCAGCAUUUAGGGGCGGUUAAUACCAUCACGUUUGUUGAUAAUAAUCGAAGGUUUGUUACAUCGAGUGAUGAUAAAUCUCUUAGAGUGUGGGAGUAUGGUAUUCCUGUUGUGAUUAAGUAUAUUAGUGAGCCUCAUAUGCAUUCCAUGCCGGCUAUUUCUGUGCACCCUAAUUCUAAUUGGUUGGCUGCCCAGAGUUUGGAUAAUCAGAUUUUGAUUUAUAGCACUAGGGAGCGGUUUCAGCUUAAUAAGAAGAAGAGGUUUGCAGGGCACAUUGCUGCCGGGUAUGCUUGUCAGGUUAAUUUCUCGCCUGAUGGUAGGUUUGUUAUGUCGGGAGAUGGUGAGGGUAAGAUGUGGUUUUGGGAUUGGAAGACUUGUAAGGUUUUCAGGACAUUGAAAUGUCAUGAGGGGGUUUGUAUUGGAUGCGAGUGGCAUCCCUUAGAGCAAAGCAAGGUGGCAACUUGUGGCUGGGAUGGACUGAUCAAAUAUUGGUAA